CUCACGGAAGCCCGCGCGUUUAGCUACCCCUCGGGUCUCCGCGCUGGUCCGGGGCAGGGGCCCGCGCCCGCCGCCACCGCCACCGGCGCAACUUGGGCUCGAGAAGCCAGCGGACCGCGUCCUGCACCGGAGCCGGGGCAUGGUCUAGCAGCCCGGGCAAGCCCACACAUCCAGCCCCUGGAGGUUCUGACCCCUGCUCCUCUCAGCCUCCACUUGGCCUCAGGUGUAGUCGCCGCCGGCCGCCAUGGGCAAGCAGAACAGCAAGCUGCGGCCCGAGGUGCUGCAGGACCUGCGCGAGAACACGGAGUUCACCGACCACGAGCUGCAGGAGUGGUACAAGGGCUUCCUCAAGGACUGCCCCACCGGCCACCUGACCGUGGACGAGUUCAAGAAGAUCUAUGCCAACUUCUUCCCCUACGGCGAUGCCUCCAAGUUUGCGGAGCACGUCUUCCGCACCUUCGACACCAACGGCGACGGCACCAUCGACUUCCGGGAGUUCAUCAUCGCGCUGAGCGUGACCUCGCGGGGCAAGCUGGAGCAGAAGCUCAAGUGGGCCUUCAGCAUGUACGACCUGGACGGCAACGGCUACAUCAGCCGCAGCGAGAUGCUGGAGAUCGUGCAGGCCAUCUAUAAGAUGGUGUCCUCUGUGAUGAAGAUGCCGGAAGAUGAGUCCACUCCGGAGAAGCGGACGGACAAGAUCUUCCGACAGAUGGACACCAACAAUGACGGCAAACUGUCCCUGGAAGAAUUCAUCAAAGGUGCCAAGAGCGACCCUUCCAUCGUGCGGUUGCUGCAGUGCGACCCCAGCAGUGCUAGUCAGUUCUAGGACGGUCACUGGACAGUUGCAGAGAAGCACAGGCUCGUCUUGCCGUUUUCAGCUUUGCUUGCAAAAGUGGAUGCCUCCACGUCCCGACCGGAGCCAGGCGACGCGCCACACCUGCCCGGCCAGCCGGCUGCACCUCCCUCCUCUGCCUGACCAGUGCGACAUCCCUCCCCUCCCGCCCAGCCGGGCCCUUCCCAGGCAACUCCCAGGGAUGUGAUUCCACGGAGAGUUCGAGUGUUCUCAGCUCUGGGCACCUCGUGCCUUCCUGCAGAGAGCCCAGAGGCGGACACCCAGGAUCUAGGCAGGACUUCCCAGGACCGUGCUGAGGCCAGCUGACUUAUCAUGGGAUCCCAGGUGACUUUGUGGGAUAGGUGGGGACAAAGACCAAUGGAGAGCAGACAGGCAAGCCCUUCCCGUGCAUGGCUCCACGUCCCUGUUCAUUUUCUCUGACCAAAGCCGCUUGCACGUAUAUAUAUUGUGGUCUCCUUUCUUUAAUAUAUAAAUUAUGUGUAUGGUGAAGUGACGUGUACCGUGUAGGCCCCGUAUUUAAUGCCUCCGAUUGCCUUUGAAGCAUGGUCCCCUCGUGGCCUGUGACCCCUCCACGCCUGGUUGUUUUGUGGUAUUUAUGCAUCUCCAUCUGCCCUCUCCAAAAGGAAAUGCACGCGCCCAGGGCUAUGGGGACCUGCCACUCAUGUGAAUGCAGGUGUCUGUGUGAUCUGUCCUCCCUGUUGAUUGGUCUGGCAUUUCCGGUAUUAAAAUGAUCAAAUCAG